AUGGCUGAGGAACAGAACCCACGGACGCUAUUCGAUUUUGCCAUCACUGAUGGCGGCGACGGUGGUACCAUGCUGUUUCUGACCAUGACCAACAUACGUCGACAGCUUAGCUUCCAUUCGGCACUACGAUUCAUCGAGGGCGAAACGGAAACAGUGCGGCCUACACUUGAUGGAGGAAGAAAUUUGGAGGCCGUCGAUAGAAUGGCGAGACUUGACUUCAAGCAGAGAGUGGCAUUUGACGGUCUCAGAUACGCGACUACCAUGCUCAUGUUGGUCGAUGAGAUCUUGGUCGAAAUGACGAGGAUUAAUCUCACCGACCCCUUCCUUACGGGAGACUCGGAUCGCUUGUUCUUUCUGUUCGAGCUGGCUAUCCAUCUUCAUGCCCGUGGUGAGGCGGAUGUCAAUGCUAUUCUUGAAUAUCUCAGACCAGAGAUCUUGGGCUGA